CUACCUAGGAGGAGACUCAGAUAAAAGGGAGGAAGCUCAGCAGAACUGACAGUAGAACAGAGUGCAGAAACAGCACAGGAGCUGAACCUUUUCACUGAGGGAGCACGGAGCAGGUGGAAAGUAGCAGAGGUUAUGAUGAACUCUGAUGCCCUUUCCUGUAAAGACUGUACAUCCUGGCAGGGGCUCCUGCUCACAGUCUCCAUUUUAACAUGCUGGCUGCUUCCCACUACUGCCCAGAUCACUAUUGAAUCAGUGCCUCCCAUUGCUGUUGAAGGGGAUAAUGUUCUUCUGUUUGUGCAAAAUUUGCCAGAGAAUGUUCAAACCCUUUCCUGGUACAGAGGAGGUAAACUGCUCAAGAUGUUUGAAAUUGCAAGACAUGUGAUAGCUACCAAUUCUAGUGUGAUGGGACCUGCACACAGUGGUAGAGAGACAGUGCUCAAUAAUGGAUCUCUGAUGAUCAAGAAUGUCACCAGAAAAGUCUCGGGAUACUACACUCUACAAAUACUUGAUACAACCUCAAGACGUGAAAUAACACGUGCAGAAUUCUUUGUACAGAGCCCAAUUUUAGGCUUCAGAAAGCGUCCUACUUCUUCUCAACUUAAAAUUGAGUUUGUGCCAUCUAGGAUUGAAGAAAACGAUGAUAUUCUUAUGCUGGUUUAUAAUCUGCCAGAGAAUCUUCAAGGCUUUGUCUGGCACAAAGGGGUAUUACCAGUUGACCAUUUUAAGAUAGCAAGCCAUUCAUUCCUCACCAAUUCAACCAUGAUGGGGCACACAUAUUUAGACAGACUGACAGUAUGCAGUGAUGGAUCCCUGGUGCUCUCGAAGGUCUCACAGGAAGACACAGGACUUUACAGCCUACGAACCAUACCUGUGGGUUUGAUAUCAGAAUCUGCCAUUGUGUACCUCAAAGUAAACAAACAUGGAAGACAGGCUUCAGGCAAUCAACAACCACCACAUCAACAAAGGAUGUCGAAGAAACAAAUACAGAAGUUGGACAUGUGCUUUUCUUCUGUUUCUGUUACAAUCUAUUACAAUUAAAUAUCUUUGUGCUUACCAGUA